UUUUUCUAAUAAGAUCCACUCUCGGAAACAACGAUCUCUCCGACUGGAAGAAGAAUACAGGAUAGAGAAAGUCGAUAUAGCUAGAGUACUAUAGUAACAACACCAUGUCCUCUAUUCCACUGCCAACCAAGCAUUUUCUGCUGGGAUUUGCGACUGCUCUUUCGGCUGUUUGGGUAUCUCAGCGCUUAAUGGCAUUGUCUGCAUCCUCAUCUACUCGAAACACCAAGUCAUCACGAUCUCCUACAAAAGAUGCUACUAGUACAUCCAACAACGACAAAGAACAAGACGAUCAUGUCGUCAUGGACACUCCCGAUUUGGAUCAACGCAUGAUUCGCAAAGCCGAAGCCGUCAUUCAAUGGAGAACGGCACGGAUUACUGUCGUCGUAGAACGAUGUACCAACGAUUUCAAUUACUCGGCUAUUUUACGGACCGCCGAAGCAUUGGGUGUGCAACACGUCUGGAUUAUUGAUCCGCCUCUUCCACCCACACUGGCCGAAGAUACCAAUGGAGAUAUUAUGGAAGUACCCACCAAAGAAAAUGCCGGCCGACCCGUUCCCACAGGACAAUUUACCCCGCAAGAAUUAAAGGGACGUGCCAUGCAUCAUAUCUUUGCACGAGGCGCGGGAGAAUGGUUGACGGUACGAGAAUUUCAAAACACCACAGAUUGUAUCCAGGCACUGAAAGAAACCAAUCAUACUCUAUGGGUCACCGAUCUUAGUCAACAAGCGGUCUGUCUCACACGAGAUGUACUACUGCAACAACAGCAAUCCAACAACAACGAUAGUCACGAUCCACAACAAUCAUCAUCAUCAUCGUCAAUAUUACCACCCAAAUUGGCCAUUGUCUUUGGUACCGAAGCCGUGGGAUGUUCUGAAGAAUUGUUGCAAGCCGCCGAUUUACGAGUCUACUUGCCACUGCGGGGAUUUGCCGAUUCUCUAAAUUUGUCCGUCGCCACGGCAUUGGUAUUGCAUCAAUUGUUCGUCCUCGAUCCGACCAUUGUGGGGGAUAUGCCUCCACAAGAACAACAGGAAUUACGUCAAACAUGGUUUACCAAACUCUGUCAACAACGAUUAAUGACACCGAAACAAAAAAAGACACGAGGACGACUCCAACUCGCCAUUCAACAAUGUGACAAGAUUCAAGCCAAAGAAGAACGCGGCGAAUUGGUGCAACCCGGGGAACGCAAAAAACUGAAUCAAAAACAACAAUUCCUACAAGAAUUGGCAGAUCUCGAACGCACGUGUCGUUUGGACGACCAAGGAACUCGCGAUUUGCAAACGGCCAUUGCCGAUUUGGUCCAACAUCCACCUGCGCCGCUCACGGAUAUGCGACGCGCCGACAAUCAUCGCGUUUGUUUUGUCGGAAAGAAUACCAAAAAGAAACAUCAGGAACAUUGGAAGGACAUGGUGGCCACCAGCAAUGCCGAUACCAAAGCACAACAUUCCGCAUCGUUUUUUCGGGAACGUGUAUUUGGAUAACGUAGUACUGUACUUACAUGAGAAUGUGAAAUGGGCUGCAGGAGCAUACAGGAAGGAAACAAUGGAACGCAGGCAUGAUCGUUCAACAAGUAAGUGUCAACAACCGGGGUACAGAUUAGAUUAGCUAGCGAGACUGAGCAAGUAAGUCAAGAAACGCAGUCGGGUGAUGGGUAAAUGGAUGCUCCAACUGUACGAAAAGGCUGCUCUAUUUGUGGGUGCUGUCCUUCGCCGGAUUGUGCCAGCUCCUGGGGUUGGUAUACUGUGGUGGCGUGCAAGACUGCUGUGUCAUUGGGUUCUUCGAUCGUUUUGGUGAGCACCACAAUAACUCCAUAGGUAGUUGCUCUUGUAUGCGACUGACCACAGGUCCCCGAAUGAGUGUCGUCCCACUCUCUAGCUAGACAGGACUAAUGUAGCAAACGGCCGCUGAGUAGAAUCUCAAUCCAGUGCCACCGAGGCAUGAGGGAUGGUAGCACUUGGUGAAAUCGACAGGAACUUUAGGCAUGCUGGAACGUCGCGCACUCUACAGAACACACGAGUAGUAGUUUGACCGUGCAGACAACAAGUAACUGAUGGUUAACACAGCUAUUUACGCACGGCAUCUGACUUGAAGGGAAAUGCUGCAGCGAAUGCAUCCGUCAAUCUCUGCUCGAGGUGCUGCUUGAAUGAAUCAUCCCAAGUAAAUGUGUUGUUACCGAUUCGACACCAGCAGUUGGCUGCCCAAUGUGCCAAACUACAGU